CUGAGGAGAGGGAAGGGACCCUCUCCCUCUCCCUCUCCCUCUCCCUCUCCCUGGGGAGAGGAAGCGCCUUCCUCGUACCCAGGGACAGGGGGAGGGAAGAAGGUGAGCCCCUGUUUUCUACCUCCCCAGUCUUUAUAAUAUAGAACAACUAAUUUCAUUUGCUGCGGGCGAGCAUUGGAGAACUAGUUUCUUGGCAGCUCCCGAAGGUGACCCUUCUGACGUCGGUGAGGGAGGUCGGAGGUCGGCAUGGCACAGCGCAAAGAUAAUUCCAACCCCCAGGGAUCCGCUGAAGGCAUCAGAGGCAAGCCUGAACCGGGCCCCUUGCCUAUUCGUAAAAUGGAGCCUAAGACAGGUAACGUGCUUCACAUCAUGGACCUGGAAGACGGAACUAAAUGGAUCAUUGAAGAUGAGGAAGUAGUUGAGCUACUUAAAAAGUACCUUGCUGCCCCUGAUCAGAAGACAAAAGAUGAAAUACUCGAGAAGCUUGAGUUAAAGGUUGCUUCACCAAGCAAUGCUGCUGAGGCCAGCCAAACCAUUAAGCAGUUCAAAGAAUCAAAGAUUGCCCCAGGUCUUGAGUGCAACAUUUCUGCGGGCCUUCAGAAGUUGAAACUAAACAGUGAUAGCAAGGCUUCUGUCGAAAAAAUGGGCAGUGAUAGCAAGGCAAAUAAAGUGAACAAAAAAGAUAAUAUAAUUUGAGGCUCCCAUGUUGAUAGUAUGGCUAGAUGUGUCCGCUAUCAUUCUCUAUGUUAUGGAAUUUAAUAAGUAAGCUUUUAUUCUAAGAGCCACUGUGGCCUUUGAAGGCUUCUAUCCUUUGUAUUUGUUCCGUUUCUACUUCUGUACUUUUAUCUAUUAAUAAACUGGAUGGGUGUCAUCCUCAGCCUCUGAACUGUUUUUUGCCUCCA